GUACUACAGCCCCCACAAUUCCUGGCGUGCUCCAGUUCGCGUUGCGGGCGACAUGGCGUCUUCUUGAAGCGUAGAUAAACCGUAACUGUUUUGUUGACAAGUGAUUGAGAUGGCAGCUGACUCCACAGACAAGAAAGAUGCAGACUCUUCGGGGACCAAAGACCGAGAGAGGAAACGCAGCCGUUCGCGAGACAGAGAUCGUAAAGUCUCACCUUCCCGCAAGCGCCAUCGUUCCCGUGAACGAAACCGCUCUAAAUCUCCCGAAAGAGAUCGACGCAUGAAAGACAAGGACAGAGACAAGGACCGAGAUAGAGAUAAGGACAGAGACAGGAGCCGUAAGGACAGAGACAGCCAUCGGCGCGAUAAAGAUCGCAGCAGGAGAUCCAGAAGCGCUUCUCCAAGAUCAAAGGAUGCCAAGAUAAAGAAAGAGAAGGAUAUAAAAGGAGAAGAUGAGGAGGAUGAAAAAAAGAAGAAGGAAAAGGUCCAGCCGCUGUCUUUGGAGGAGCUUCUGGCCAAGAAGAAGGCAGAGGAGGAAGCUGAAGCAAAGCCCAAGUUCCUGUCAAAAGCAGAGCGAGAAGCCGAAGCUUUGAAGCGCAGAGAGCAAGAGACUGAAGAGAGAAGGAGGAUGAUUGAAGAGGAGAGAAAGAAGAGAAGGACGUUUCAGGACAUAGGGAGAAAAAUGCUGGAGGACCCUCAGGAAAGGGAGAGGCGGGAGCGUAGGGAGCGAAUGGAACGAGAGAACAACGGCAAUGAAGAUGAUGAUGAGCGACAGAAGCUCAGAGAGGAGAAAGAUAAAGGCAAAGAACUCCAGGCUAUCAAGGAGCGUUAUCUUGGUGGGAUCAAAAAACGGCGACGGACUCGCCACCUGAACGACAGGAAAUUUGUGUUUGAAUGGGAUGCUUCUGAAGACACUUCGGUCGACUACAACCCGAUUUACAAAGAGAAGCAUCAGGUGCAGCUGUACGGACGAGGCUUCAUCGCCGGCAUUGACUUAAAGCAGCAGAAAAGGGAGCAGUCGCGUUUCUAUGGUGACCUGAUGGAGAAAAGGCGCACGCUGGAAGAGAAGGAGCAGGAAGAGACAAGACUGAAGAAGAUGCGUAAGAAGGAGGCCAAGCAGCGCUGGGAUGACAGACACUGGUCUCAAAAGAAGCUGGACGAGAUGACAGACAGAGACUGGCGAAUCUUCAGAGAGGAUUAUAGCAUCACCACCAAAGGAGGAAAAAUCCCAAAUCCCAUCAGGAACUGGAAGGAGUACCCGCUGCCUGCACAUAUUCUGGAGGUCAUCGACAAAUGCGGCUAUAAGGAUCCGACGCCGAUUCAGAGGCAGGCCAUUCCCAUUGGUUUACAGAACCGUGACAUUAUUGGUGUGGCUGAGACCGGUAGCGGUAAAACUGCUGCUUUCUUGAUUCCACUGCUGGUCUGGAUCACCACCCUGCCAAAAAUCGACAGGAUCGAAGACUCAGACCAGGGUCCUUAUGCUGUGAUCUUAGCUCCGACUCGUGAGUUGGCGCAGCAGAUCGAGGAAGAAACCAUAAAGUUUGGUAAACCGCUCGGCAUCCGAACUGUGGCUGUGAUCGGAGGAAUCUCCAGAGAGGACCAAGGCUUUCGACUCAGGAUGGGUUGUGAGAUCGUUAUUGCCACGCCCGGCCGUCUGAUUGACGUGUUGGAGAACCGCUACCUGGUACUGAGCCGCUGCACCUACGUGGUCCUCGAUGAGGCCGAUCGUAUGAUUGACAUGGGCUUCGAGCCCGACGUCCAAAAGAUUCUGGAAUACAUCCCGGUGACCAAUCAGAAGCCAGACACCGAAGAGGCGGAGGACCCUGAGAAAAUGACGAUGAACUUUGAAUCCGGGAAACAAAAAUACAGACAAACGGUCAUGUUCACAGCUACCAUGCCUCCCGCUGUGGAGAGACUGGCCAGGAGCUACCUGAGACGUCCUGCUGUGGUGUACAUCGGGUCUGCUGGAAAGCCUCACGAGAGAGUCGAACAGAAGGUCCUGCUUAUGUCGGAGGGAGAGAAGAGGAAGAAGCUGCUGGAGGUUUUGUCGCACGGCUUCGAGCCUCCGAUUAUCAUCUUUGUCAACCAGAAGAAGGGUUGCGACGUGCUGGCCAAGUCACUGGAGAAGAUGGGGUACAAUGCUUGCACGCUGCACGGUGGCAAAGGCCAGGAGCAGAGAGAGUUUGCGCUUUCCAAUCUCAAGGCGGGAGCCAAAGAUAUCCUGGUGGCCACAGAUGUUGCUGGGCGAGGUAUCGAUAUCCAGGACGUCUCCAUGGUCAUUAACUACGACAUGGCAAAGAACAUCGAAGACUACAUCCAUCGUAUUGGUCGUACGGGUCGUGCUGGUAAGAGUGGUGUAGCCAUGACUUUCCUCACUAAAGAGGACUCGGCGGUGUUUUACGACCUGAAGCAGGCCAUCCUCGAGAGUCCCGUCUCCACCUGCCCUCCAGAGCUGGCUAACCAUCCAGAUGCUCAGCAUAAACCUGGAACCAUCCUGACCAAGAAGAGACGCGAGGAGACCAUUUUUGCCUAAAAUGACCUUUAUCAACUGAAGGGGGAGGGGAAAACCCCACCAACUGUUUAUUUUUCUCCCUCUCAGGAUCUGCUCUCUAGGUUACUCUCACACAUUUUGUUCUUUCCCACCUUGUCUUUGUGUUUUGGUCCCAUCUGUGCGUGCAGAAACACAGUAACUGGUGCCGAAGUCGUCAGCACACUGGUUCUCAUCAGUGUGGGUGGAUUUUAAGAUAACUUUGUUUUGCGUCUGUAAGCCAGAACCAGGAGCAGUAUGCAGGACCCCAAUCUGAUCUGAUCUGUACUGUAUAAAUACCCAAUGCACCAAAUUACAGGCAGGAUGUGAGUGUAGAUGAGCAGUAAGUGCUGUGUUUUUAGUCAUAAUUUGAGUUUUCUAUGUAAGAAACCUUUACCAGAAGUGACACCAGUUUUCUUUGCUUCAGAUACAUCAUUUGAUUAAAAUGGAAACAGCUGUUUUAAAUGUAUGAUGUGAAUACAGCAAAUUUGAGCUUCUUAACUGUCAAA